UGUAUCAAGUGUGUCUAUAUAUAUAUAUAGAUAUAAAGCAUUUACUUGAGCCAUAGCCCACCUUGUGUCUUCUUUCCUUACCUUCAGAAAUUCCUGAAUUAUUUUGCAUCCUUUCUUGUUCCCAUGGAAACUUCCCAGCCUAUUUCCAUUGAAAGCUUCUCUUACAGUUGGCUAGUGAACAUGAAGCCAUCUCUUGAAGCUUGUGUUGAUGCAUCAGAUGAAGCUUCUUCCUUCAUAGAAAUGGACCCAAGAAAUCCACCUUCCAAGAGGUUCUUCCAAAGGAACUCGCAGGAAUUCAAGUUUGACUUCCCAGUUUCUCAGUCUCCUCUUUCUCUAGUUCAUGCAGAUGAGCUCUUCUCCAAUGGCUACCUCACUCCUUUUUUUGCUGAUUCCUUGAAGAUGGAAUCUUACAGUGAUUCUGUUUUAUCAACCUCCAACCUAGUUCUUCCUUCUUCUUCUACUUCUUCUUCUUCAAUAAACAGCAUGGGUCCCACAGGCCAGGCUUCUAGAUGUUCUUCUUUGAAGAGGUGCAGGACGUUGUCAAGGAGGGUGUUUCAGAAGUAUCUCAACUUCUUGAGGCCUCUAUGUAGAAGACUGAGAGGUCGUCAUCAGAAAUCAGGUUCAAAUCAUGAAGGUUCUGGUAAAAGAGGUUAUUAUGAAACAUCCCCAAGAAUCAGUGUUGCUUAUUCUGCAGAUGACUGGAGAAAGUCUUGUGAUUCUGAGAGCUCAAUCUAUGAGGCUGUUCUUCAUUGCAAGAGAUCCAUUGAAAGGAGUUAAGAAUGGUGCAGAAGGAAAGAAAGAUGAAGAAAUGUAAAAAGGAGAGAGAAAGAUUGGAGACAAAAGGGUAAAGAAAGAAAGAGAAGCAAUAGAUUCAAAUGGGAGCUGAAGAAGAAGACGCUUUAGGAAGAGAUUAUGAGCUACUCAUCACAGGGUCUUUGUUCUUCUCUGCUUGAAUGAUAAUGGUUGUCACAGCCAAAUUAAUAAAGAAACAGUACCAAAUGCAUGCAAAUUAAGAAAAAGGAUGUGUGUGUGUGUGUGUGUUGCAUUUUUGUUCUUUUAUAUCAUUUUGUUGAUAUGGGGAAGGAAACACUCUUAUUACCCCUACGGAAUAUUUUACUUCAUUUGGUGAAUCAGUAUGUGUAAAUUAUACAUGAUUUAGCAGCGAAAGAUUUUCUCAGAAACUUUAUUUGUUCCAAGCAGCCUCAAAGCCCAAGCAACUUCUAUAUGUCAAAUUGUUAAAAA